AUGUCUUUCCCAGCAUGGGUAUCCGGCAACAAGAAGAAUGAGACGCCUCGUUCAAACAGCGGGAUUGGGAAAGGCUCAGUCCCACGCGGAAAGAAGCCCAAGACUAGGCCCCCAAGCAGUUUGCGUGAUAAGGCUGGCUUCCUCCAUGGCACGCUCCCCAAAUAUUCCGGGCCAUACAGUGUCGGCGUCAUGGACAUCGAAGUCCCCGCCGAGAACCCACGUAACUUCUCUCACAUCACCCGCCAUGACCAGCACAUCCUCAAGCUCGAAACCGUCCUCAUGACCGUCUACUAUCCCACGGCGAUCGGUGUCGGAUCGGGUAAGGACCCAGCAGGUCACAAGAAGUGGUCUCGUGAAACAUGGCUUCCAAGGCCACGGAUCAAGAUGGCAAAGGGAUAUGGCAAGUUCGCCGGCGUUGGAGCUAUAGCUGUGCCUUGGUUCGCCGCAACCACGAUGUUCACAAAACUGCCUGCCUAUCGAAACGCACCUAUAUCCCAACAUUGGCCACCGCGCGAUAACCUUCAGCACGCAGGGCCGAAAGUGAAGAGUGAAUCUGGACCACCGCCGCCCGGCGAGAGUGAAGAGCCCUGUUUUCCCCUGAUGAUCUUCAGCCAUGGACUGGGGGGCACUAGGACGACAUACUCAAGUGUUUGCGGAGAGUUUGCAAGUUACGGCUUCGUGGUCUCCGCUGUCGAGCAUCGCGACGGCUCCGGUGCACGAACGUUCGUCAAUCAUGCCCGGUCCGGUGUUGGCAGCAUGAAGGAGCGGGAAACUGCUGGUCCCGUGGAUCACAAUGAGAAGGAGAGACGUAGAGGUUAUGACCAGAUUGACUACAUCUUUCCCAAGGACAACCCCUACGACACCAGUCCUAGUAAUCACAAAGGAGUCGACUCUGAGCUGAGAGACGCGCAGCUCCAGUUACGGCUUGCGGAGAUUGAAGAGGCGUACAACGUCAUUCGUCACAUUGACGGCGGCCGAGGCGGCGAAAUCGCCAACAAGAACCUCCGGCGCGAGGGGUAUGUCGGCUCUAGCUCUCGAGGCCUUGACGGCGUGGACUGGGCGCUGUGGAAAGACAGAAUCCACUGCCACCGUGUGACCGUCCUCGGACACUCCUUCGGUGCCGCCACGACCGUUGAAAUACUACGCAACGCCGAUCGCUUCCAGUAUGUCGGGCAAGGUGUAAUGUACGACAUCUGGGGCGCCGCCGUCAGCCCACCGGUAGAGGAGCCUCGCCACCGAAUCCACUGCCCGCUACUCGGCAUUAACAGCGAAGCAUUCAUGUAUUGGUCAUCGAACUUCGAUGCAGUUCACGCACUCAUUGAUGAAGCGAAGAAGCACGGCGCUCCGUCGUGGCUUCUUACUGUGCGCGGAACGAUUCAUGUCUCCCAGUCUGACUUCAGCAUAUUAUACCCCCAGACCUGCGCUAUGCUCCUCAAGAUGACGGCAAAUCCAAAGCGGGCGCUGGACCUAAAUGUCUCAGCCACUCUCGAAUUCCUCAAGAAAGUGAUGCCGCAGAGGAGCGCGAUGAUCGACCGCUGCUUCACAGACGAAGGUCUUCUGGACACAGAACCGGUAGAAGAGUUGCCGACAGAACACAAGCCUAAGGAAAAGUGGAUGGCUGCCAGACUCAAGAUCCCGCAUGAGUUUCGGUCGAGGUUUGUGCCGAAGAUCACCAGGAAGAUAAGGAGGAAAAGGCGGCAAAACCAGAAGCAUGAUCCUAAUGACGAGAUAUGGAUGCACGUGACCUCCAGCGAAGAAGAAGUCACAGCGUGGAACGAGAAUAAGUCGGAAAAAGGCGAGGGCGACGACCCGGGAGACCCGGGAGGCGAUUGA